AACCAGAAAGACAGUGGCUGUGUGGCGCUGUGAGGGACCACGGCAAGGGAGACACCCAGUCCCCCGGGCUAGUUCCUUUGAAAAAAUGUUUCUUCUUCCAAGUUCUCCGCUUUCAGGAACAGGAACAGGAACUCAUGGGAGUCAACACAAACCUAAUUGGCUAUGGAUUGAGGGGAGAAAGGGUCAACGGUCAAGAUCAUUAGACUGAGGCUUGGUCGUUGUGGCUUAAAUAGUAAUUUACAUAUUGUGGGUAAAGAUUCAACUAGGCAGUGUGAGACCCUGAAGCAAUGAAGCAUCUUUUCCUAGAAUGUGGCAAGUACAGCAAGGAAAGUUUUUUUUUUUUUAUUUAAUAAAAAAAAAAAAAAAAGUUGUAUUAGAUGUUUCUUCUUUUUCUUUAAUAUCCUUAGUUGGCCUGAAGAUUGAGAACCACCAGCUGAUUACAAGGGCAGUGUUACAAUUCUUACAUGAUUCAGACAGAGCUGUAUCUGAGGAUCGAAUGAAGGGCGAGGUUGAUUUUAUAUUUCUUUCUUCUUUUUUUCUUAAUUGUAGUUGAAGCAAAGUAUCUGAAGAGGGCAGUACGACGCCAUGUAUGGUUGUACACUACCGGAAAUAUGAAAGACUAGUUGCUUGCAGCACAAAUGUGAUUUUCCUUCCAGUGGACAUCGGCGACUCCCACGUCUGUUGCUCGGGCAGCAGGAGCGCGACCUUUCCCACGUUCGCCAAUCAACAAGACCCCCAAGUCUGCCUUCCACGUCCAUUUUCAUGGCCGUCGGACGUCUGCGUGGGCUCUCACGGUGGCUUCGAGCAGGUAGACACAGCUCCUUGAUGCACUGGUCCCAGAUCCCAGUGUGCUUCCCGUCGGCGUCUCAUUCUCCCUCGGCGACGUUUCGUGAGGCCAGCAACAGCAGCAGACUUGUGGGCAAGGCACGCGGAAAGCAAAAUGGAGCCCGCAGCAAUGAAGACGGUGACGACGACGAAGAAGAAGACUCAAUCAUGGAGGAAGUAGAGGACAAACUCUGCGCUUUGCUGGAAGAGGGUAUAAAGAGGCAGAAGACUAUCAAAUACAACAUAAUGCGCAGGAAGAUGACGCCGUCAGGAGCUCCGGAGAGGAACUUGACUUGGGAGGCCAUGGAGACCAUCAGGUAUCUAAACCGAGAGCAUCCAGAUGAGUGGACAGUGGAACGUCUGUCUGAAGGCUUCUCGGUCAGCCCCGCUGUGAUCCGAAGGGUGGUCCACAGCAAGUUCAGCCCGGCGCCUCACAGGAGAGCUGAGCAGGAUGCCAAGAGGGUCACCACCAAUUUUGUCCACGUGUGUAUGUUCUGUGAAACUAGUCCGUGGUGCAAAAAAGAUAGGGGACCACUGUCCUAGACAUCUGUGCCAAAUUAGCUGAUAGCGCGGUCCCAUACUACAAGUAAGGGUGAGCAAUGAAUUUUUCGAAGGGGUCGUGAAAAAUUGUGUGACCACUGUGGGGUUUUCUUUCUUUAACAGAGGGGUACCAACAGUUUUGUCCAUGUGUGCAUUUUGGCUGACUUUCGUAGCCAGUGCGCAGCGAGUCAGAGAUGGGCACGAAGCCUGCCGUCUUGUCGACACCAACUCGUUCCACGCUCAGCUACCGUCGCCGCCCAGUGACUGUCGCCAUUUGCUGGGGAGUUUCUCCUGUGGCACAGGGUCACGGUUGAGCUCAACUGAAGUGAGAAAAGAACGAAUCAGCUCAUGAAGUGAUUCCAUUCAUUAAGUUCUCAAAAGUUGACAAAUGGCAACACUACUUGAGCCCCAUCAACCUCUCUGGUACGCAAAUGUGCACUGACACUUGAAUCCAGUGCACCUGCCCACCACUCAUGUGUACCCCUGCUUCCAAGUGCCCCAACUUGAUUUUUUUCCUAGUUACUAG